AUGAGAUUUCCAUCAACAAAACCCUCGGCUCUGCUCGCAGCCGCCGCCCUCACCACCCUCACAACCGCCCAUUCCUGGGUCGAAGAAGUGUACCGCAUCGCUCCCAACGGCACACUCGUCGGUGACGCUGGCUACCCGCGUGGCUGGGUCGCCCGCACUUCAACAGACCCUCUCUGGAAGGACGCCAUCCCGCAGUGGCUGCUGCCGCUCUCCGGCCAGAGCGCCUACAGCGGCGAGGAGAAGCUCAACAAGUACGACUUUGUGGCGGACCCCAAGUUUGCCAUGCUGCAGGCCGCCCCCGGCGACCACAUCUCCCUCAUCCACCUCGAAAACGGCCACACCACGCUGCCGCAGAACCAGCCCAAGAAGCCGCACAACCGCGGCACCAUCUUCCUCUACGGCACCGACCAGCCCAAGCCCCAGGAGCGCCUCUUUGACGUGCACCUUGUCUGGAACCGCGACGGCACCGGCGGCGACAAGCGCGGCCGCCUGCUCGCCACCCGCAACUACGACGACGGCCAGUGCUACCAGCCCAACCCCGGCGAGAUCAGCACCCAGCGCGCCAAGGAGCUCGCCGCCGAAGGCGCCGUCCACGACCGCGAGCUGCGCUGCCAGUCCGACAUUCAGCUGCCCGCCGACCUCAAGCCCGGCUCCACCUACACCAUCUACUGGUACUGGGACUGGCCCGACCUCAACGCCGGCAAGAUCAACAUGGACGCCACAAAGGACGGCAAGUACCCCUGGGCCGGCACGUUUAUGCGCGGCGAAAAGGACCCCAACGGCUUUGACAUGGCCGCCAUUGCGAAGAACGAGAGCUACGCCAGUACCGUCGACAUCAAGAUUGUCGACGCCGCCAAGCUGCCCGGCGGUGCCGUCGCCAAGGCUGUUGUUGGCGGCGCCGUCGACGUCGCGGCCGUGUGGAACUCGCAGCAGAACAUCUACACAAAGGCCAUCAAGGCGCAGAUGACUGGCAACUUCCAGGUCGACAUUGACGCCAACCAGCCCGCCGGCGGCAGUGGUGGCAGCAAUGCCCCCAGCGCCACGUCCACGGCGCCUGCUUCUGCCCCUCCGUCUUCUGGCGCGGGGGCUCGCCCUUCUGUUCCUCCAUCUUCCGACCCGUCAGCUCCCCCGGACUCAACCCCGACAACCCCCCCCGGCGACGCCACGGUGACCGUCACAGUGACUGUGCCGCCCAGCACCAUCAUCCAGACCGUCUACUCUCCCAAGUCGACCGCCGACGGCGUUGCGCCGUCGCAGCCUGCGAUGCCACCGGCGGAAAGCAACAGCAUGUCCCAGCCCUCGCAACCUCCACCAUCGGCCUCCAACAGCAACAGCAUGUCCCAGCCGUCGCAACCUCCUCCGCCUGCCUCCAACAGCAACAGCAUGUCCCAGCCGUCGCAACCUCCACCAUCGGUCUCCAACAGCAACAGCAUGCCCCAGCCCUCGCAGCCUCCACCAUCGGCCUCCGACAACAACAGCAUGCCCCAGCCCUCGCAGCCGCCCGUGUAUUACACCGGCAUGGCGGCCCGCGGAUCCGCCUCUUCGGCGCCGACAACGUGGAUAACGCACAACGUCUGGAAGACCGUCACGUCGGCCGUGACGGUGACGCUUUACGACGGAACCGUCAGCGCGCCGGCGAGCGGCAGCACAGGCAGCGCGACUGCUCCGCCCACGUACGCGCGGCGCGGUCGGGCCUGGCGACACAACUGGCAGUUUGGGCAGUGA